CAACCGCCAACAAAGAAGAAGAAGACGACGACGAAGAAGAAGAAGAAGAAGAAGAAGAAGAAGAAGAAGAAGAAGAAGGUUAGCAAACAGACAAGGCCCAGGAGGCGAAAUAAAGUGGGAAAACGUUAAAAAGGUGUAAAGAGUUGGUGAGGGCGAAAUCUACGCGCUUUUUUGAUAAAACAAUGGCGUCACAUGAGGGUGAUUUUUGUCGAGCGAGAGGAGAGAACGAGCAACAAGGACAAGGGCCAGCUGCUCAGACGGUGCUACGCAUCCGAGACGUGUGGGGGGGCUCCACUUUUGCGCAGGAACAUCACCCGACCCAGGACUUUGAAGAGCAAGCACAGGGUCCGCAGCCCCCCUACAUUAAAGAGGAAGGGGCAGAAUCACAGCCCACGCACGUUGAAGAUGAAAACGAGGGUCCACAUCACUGCAUUAAAGAGGAAGCGCAGGAUCCUAAACCCUCGCAUAUUAAAGAGGAAGAAGAGGGUCCACAGCCCCUUCGCAUUAAAGAGGAAGAGGUGGUUCUAGAGCAGUCACACAUUAAGGAGGAAGAGGAGGAGACUGACAUCAGCAAGUUGCCACUGACUGCUGACUCUGUGAAGAGUGAUGACGUUGAAGAUGAACCACCGGAGUGGUCACAACUUCAUCAUCACAGUCCAAGUGGAGACCACUGUGGAGGACCACCACCGGACCACCUCUCGGCUCCGUUGUUACACAGUGACGACAUAGAAGCUUUGGGAAGCAAUAUAGAGCCACCUAAAAAAGGUUUAAGCUACUCAGAUUGCGAUCAAAGAGUUGCUCUUGAAGAACGUACGACUGGAGCAAUGACGACGCACAUGAGAGAAAAACCUCAUCGCUGCUCAGUUUGUAAUAAAGGGUUCGUUCAUGAGUCCGCUUUGAUCAGACACGCGAGAAAACACAUAGGAGAAAAACCUUGUUGCUCAGUUUGUGGUAAAGGGUUCAAUACUAUCUCAGAAAAAAAUAAACACAUGAGAAGACACACCGGAGAAAAAACCUUUAGUUGUUUAGUUUGUGGUAAAAGAUUCAUUAACAAUGCAGGCGUGGUAUCACACAUGAGAAUACACACAGGAGAAAAACCCUUUUGUUGCUCAGUUUGUGGUAAAAGUUUCAGUCACAGUUCAAGCAUGGUAUCACACAUGAGAACACACACGGGAGAAAAACCCUUUAGUUGCUCAUCUUGUGGUAAAACUUUCUCUCAAAGGAGCAAUCUGGUGUCACAUUUGAAAACACAUACAGGAGAAAAACCCCAUAGUUGUUUGGUGUGUGGAAAAAUGUUCUCUUUGAACACAAAGAUGGCAGUACACAUGAGAAUACACACAGGAGAAAAACCUAUCCGUUGUUCGUUGUGUGAUCGAACGUUCUCUUAUAGGACGUCCAUGGUAGCUCACAUGAUGACGCACACGGGAGAAAAACCUUUCAGUUGUUCCUCGUGUGAUCGCGCAUUCUCACAUAAAUCAUCCCUGGUGGCACACACGAGAACACACACAAAAGAAAAAUCUGUAAGUUGCUCAGUGUGUGGUAAAAGCUAUGCUCGGAGGACCCAUUUGACUGCACAUAUGCGGAAGCACAACACAGAGAGAGUAAAUGUUUUACAGUAAUCAUCAGUUCAAUCACACCAUAUAUUGUUUUAUUGAAUUGUAUUCUGAAGAGCUGAUGAAUGUUGCGUUUUGCUGUUCGGUAAACUACAAGCCGUUUCAAAUCUUCUGCAAAGCUGAUUCAUUGUAGUCUUUCACUCUGUUUUGGGUGUUUGUGUUGUGCUUAGGGCUUUACCUAGAAACUGAGGAGUUGCUGUGUGUGUUUAGAGGGACAGUAAAGUCAUUUUCAUUGAAGUGUUGAAAACGCACAAAGACUGAAAAAGAUAAUUUAGUUGUGAAUUAUGGAGAUAUAGUGUUAAACUAUAUUUCACCAUCUCAGUUUUUUUGUUUUUGUUUUUUUUGUGCGGGGCUUGGGCUGUCUGCAUGAGUCGGCCCUCCCCCCACUAAGUACCGAGCUGUUAUUCCAUCAGUGGCUAUUUGGUGCAAUUGUGAGUUACAUAGUAAUAAUAAACUUGUCCCAUUUAUACCACUACAGCUAGCCAUCAAGAAACUCCUAAAACCUUAAAAAAAUGCAUUUUCCCUGAACUCUGUUUUUUUUGGGUUAUGGAUUUGGCAAGCUUGUUAACAACACUCUUGUCUGUGGUGUGUCAAAUUUGACUCUUUUUUUUUUCUUUUUUUUUGUCCUCCACUUUGCAGUUCCUUUAAGACUGUGCUUGUCCAAACAUGUCUACACCUAAUGGUGUGUUCUCAAAGUGUGAACAUCACCUAUCAAUGGUACAAAAGCAGUAUAACAGAUACAAAUGGAAAUUAGUUGCCUGCUAAAUCUGGUGUAACAGUCACUUCAUAUCUUCGCAUGUGCACAUAAACUAAAAAUAAAGACUGCUAUGUCAUUUUUAAUGUACAUUUUUUUUCUUUGCUUUUACAUUUUUUUCUUUGCUUUAAGAACCAUUUGGAUUCUAACCUCUGCAGCUGUCUUUCUUCCCAUGUUCUCUUUUUGAGCCGCUGUCUGUACUGCCCCAAAAUGGCGGCCGUUUGAAGUUGUGGAUGCUUUAAAACGGCAUUUAUUAUUAUUUUAUUUUAUUUAUUUUGUAAAAUGACUUUUCUUUGGAAUGUAUGCUGCCCCUUUUUGAUUGUGUAAUAAAAAAUUAAAGCAAAACUUACUUUUUAGCACAGCAACAGAA